AUGAGCAAUGACAAUUGGAAACCGGCACUUCGCCGUCAAAUCGAACAACUUGCACAGCGCAACGAGCAAAAUCGACAGAAUGCACACAAAAGCGGUGAGCAGAAUGCGAAGAUCGCGGAGAUGGAUGCGAAAAUUGUGCGACUUCGCGAAUUAGUUGCGAGGAAGCCGAACGAGGCGGCGAUUUUUUAUUUAGAAUGUUUGAGUUUGGCGGAUGAGAAUGACUUAUUUUUUGAAAGAAUUGGAGGUGGAUAUUUGAAGACUUCUGGUGGACCAAGAAUUGUGGAGAAUAGUGGAAGCUCUGAAAAUCAUACGGUAUCUUUGCCAAGUAUGGUUAGUGUUUUUUUGGGAGUUUUAGGUCUAAUCUCAGGCUACUGUAGGCAUUGUAAGCUGGGGUUACUGUAUAUCUUGAGCGCCAGUGGCGCGAGUGUAUAUUUUUUCGUAGGCUUCCGCUUUAGCAGCAAGGUCUACAGUACUUCUACAGUACAAUACCUCUUACGGAUUCACAGUUCCUCAGCCAGGUGUACAGUACUUCUCAAGGGUACUGUAUUGUAGAUAAUGAUUCACAGUAAGCUAAACUGGCCGAGGAAGCUGUUGGUCUAAAAAUCGCUGAAGAUUUCGGUCUAAACUAAAUUUGCGCUACAGUAAUAUCAGGAUACUGUAGGUAUUGUUCUGGAGCCGAGAUUACUGUAUAUCUCGAGCGCCAGAGGCGCGAGUGUAACUUUUUCCGCAAGCUUCCGCGUUAGCUGCCAGGUCUACAGUACCUCUCACGACCAUUGUUCUGUAGAUCCACAGUAAUCUCAAGGUACUGUAGGUAUUGUAAGCCAGAAUCACUGUAUAUCCCGAGAGCCAGUCCUACAGUACCCUGAGAACUACUGUAUUCGUUCCAGUCUGCACCAUCUGUAAUUCAAACAGUCGACAUCGCAACUCUAGAAGAAUCCGGAAAACUCCCCCAACGACCUCAUUGGUGGGAUCAAUUACAAUUAUAUCGCCGCAGUGAUUUAUUGAAUCAAACCAAACAAAAUGAUCGGAGAGAAUUAUGGUUGACACAGGUUCUCGAUUUAUUUUCCAGCUAGAAAAUCCACUUCGAUUUUUUCAGAAAGACUUCUUCCUGGCCUGCUUGGGUUUUAUGGUCGGAGUCGGACAUGCGAUGCGUUUUCCAGCCAAAGUUUAUCAACAUGGCGGUGGCGUCUUCUUCAUUCCCUAUAUUUUUUCGCUGGUAUUUUUUGGGCUGCCCUUGGUUUUUCUGCAUCUUUCGAUCGGGCAGUAUACUGGGCAGGCGGCUAAUACAGCAUUUUCGAAGUUGAUGCCAAUUGGGGCAGGUUAGUUAGAUUCUGGGGGGGGGUGUAUUCAGAAACAACCUGAACCUUGUUGAUGACGUGGCAGGCAAAGCUGAAAAUUUGAUCUGAAAUUGAGAACCAAGUUUUAAUUUCACCCCAAAUUUGAGUUUUCUAAUAUUUGACUUUUUUUUGGGAAUUUUCGUUAGAAAAAUAUCUUGGAAUCAAAAUGAUUCUUAAACUUUUUAAAGGUUAUGACGUGGCACAGCUGAAAAUUUGAUCUGAAAUCGAGACAAAUUUGAGUUUUCUGAAAUUAGACAUAUUUUUGAGAAUUUAGAGAAAUAUCUUGGGAUAGAAAUGAUCCACAAACUUUUUUGAGGUUAUGACGUGGCAAAGCUGAAAAUUUGGUCUGAAACUGGAUCUUCUUAAGAUUCGGAAUCUGGAGAAGCUUAGAUUUUCUUUCGGAGAGAAAUUUAAUUCUGAAAAAAAUUCUCCAUUUUUUUGCCUGCAGUUUCUGAAAACCUUGAUUUUUUUUUGGAAUAUUUUGCCAAAAUUUCCGAAGAUCCCCCUGUGAUAAAAUCUUCUCUAACAUGAGUUAUGGGAUCUCAAAACACGAUUUUUCGAAAAUUCUGAAAUUUUGCCAUAUGUUUUUUUUUGUUUCUUUCGGAGAGAAAUUCAAAAUUAUAUUUGAAAAAAAUUUCCCCGGAAAUUUGUAAAAUCGUUGUGAAAUCAUAAUUUAAAAAUUUUUCAGUACUGAAUUUUCUGAAAACCUUGAUCUACAGUACUUCUCAGACAACCAAGAAAUUUCAGACAUCUGAAUCUAACCUCAGUCAAUUUCAGGAAUCGGUUGGGCAUUGGUAGUUAUCGCAAUUCCCGUCGCAAUAUACUACAACAUCAUCGUUGCCUGGGCAAUUCACUAUUUCUUCCUGAGUUUGAAAGGAACGCUGACCGGAAAACUACCAUGGGAAUAUUGUGGAGAAGAAUGGCAGUUAGACACAAAAUGCUGUAAUUUACACAAGCUCCAUGAAUGUUUCAAUUCAACAAAUUCGAUCACAGCUCCAGAAGCCUUUUUUCAGUGAGUCCCCAAAAUUUCUUCUCUUUUUUGAUAGGAAUUUAUCAUUUAUUAUAGCUCUGAAGUGUUAUCCUUGUCAACAUUCGGAGAUUUCACCCUUGGACCUCUUCAAUCACAUCUAGUUUUAUCCCUGGCUGCAGCCUGGCUUCUUGUAUUCUUCGGAGUCUUCAAAGGUCUUGGAUCAAUCGCCUCUACAAUGAAUGUCACAGCUACAGUUCCCUAUUUCCUUCUCUCAACCUUGCUGCUACGUGGAAUUAGUUUGCCUGGAGCAAACAAGGGCCUCAAUUUUUUAUUCAGUGUUGAUAGUUCGAAAUUGUGGAAAUGGCAGAUUUGGAAAUCCGCAGCUGAACAAGUAUUCUAUGAAUUAGGAAUUGAUGCGGGACCCUUGAUUUCGAUGGCCGCGUUUUCAAGAUAUCGCAAUAAUGUUUAUCGAGACUCGGUUCUAUUAGUUAUUAUGUAAGGAACCUCUUGGGUUCACCAAAAAUCUCAAAAUCUUCAGGGACGCUCUAACUUCAACCCUAUGUGGAUGUGUGAUUUUCUCAUUUGUCGGAUUCAUCGCUUCUGAAUCGAACACUGAAAUCACAGAUGUUUUGAGUAGGUUUCUACAGAUGUUUUCAAUAAAUAAGAAAUGGAUGUUUUUGCAGAGCACGAUCCUUUAUAUUUAUCAUUCACAGUUUAUCCAGGAGUGACGAGUUUUAUGAAUUGGGGAGGUCUUUGGGCAAUGCUGUUUUUUGGGAUGAUUGUGUUGGCUGCGCUGGAUGCGGAAUUUGCGUGGUAGGAUGAUAGAAUUGAAAUUGAAAUAUGGAUUUUGGGAAAUUCUGAAUGGGACCACGCAUUAGAAGAAAACAUUUUUUUAAUUUUCAAAAAUCAUUUUCGUUAGAGAAAGUUUCGAAUACAGCAAUUCGGACUGCAACAAAAUUCAAUUUUCAAGCUAAAAAACUGCAGUACAAAAAAAAAGUUUGCAGCUCGGGUUACUGUAUUUUCAGGAAGAGCCAAAGAUUCAUUCAAUUUUUAUUUGUUUUGAAAUUUGCAGUUCGGGUUACUGUAUUGGAUAUAAUUUGCAGUUUGGGUUACUGUAUUUUCAGGAAGAGACAAAAAUUCAUUAAGUUUUUAUUUGUUUUGAAAUUUGCAGUUCGGGUUACUGUAUUGGUUAUAAUUUGCAGUUCGGGUCACUGUAUUUUCAGAAAGAGACAAAAAUUCAUUUAAUUUUUAUUGCUUUUGAAAUUUGCAGUUCGGGUUACUGUAUUUUGUUCGAUUUGCAGUUCGGGUUACUGUGUUGGAUAUAAUUUGCAGUUCGGGUUACUGAAUUGGAUUUAAUUUGCAGUUCGGGUUACUGUAUUGGAACUAAUUUGCAGUUCGGGUUACUGUAUCGGGUUUAAUUUGCAGUUCUAGAAAUUUUCUGGGCUCUUUAUUUUAGGACCACAAAUAGGCUUCAAAAAUCUAGGUUUUCAAAAUCUCGAGCUUCCAAACCUAAAUAAAAUUUGACCAAAAACUUUUUUGUAGAAAAAAAUUACCGCCCCCCUAAUCCUCUACCCCCACAUUUCAUCCCCGCAGGCUCGAAAUGAUCGCGUCCGCCUUCAUGAAUCAUUUCUCGACCAAAAACAAAGCCGUCGAAAAUCGUCUGCUGGCUCUUCUCUGCCUUUUCGGGUUCUUCUUCGGGUUGCCAUUAUGUGCUCAAGGUGGAAUAUUUGUUUUCCAUGCCAUCGAAAACUUGAACGCCAAUUGGAACAGUUUCUCAUUGGCUCUAUUUUCCGUUGUUAUUGUUUGUUAUGUUUAUGGAAUUGAUAAUUAUUUGACGGAUAUUUCGGGAAUGUUGAGAGUUCCGAGAAUUUCGAUAUCAAAGGCGACAAGAGUUCGUGACAAAUUUAUUGCGAUUCUUGGUCCGGGAGGGAUUUAUAUCAAAUAUUCACUGCUUUUUGUUUGCCCAAUUAUUUUGACGGUUUGUGGUUUUUGGAAAAAAUAUUUGAUUAGUAGAAUUUUAAAGCACCUGAAGAUUUUUGAGAUUUUCAAAUGAAAACUAGGCUCUCUAGGCGUGGCUACUUCAUAACAUGGGUUUCUAGGUUCGCCUUCUUGACAAAGCAGCUCUCAAGACACGGCUGCUUGUCAUAGUGAAUCUCUAGACGCCGGACCUAGGCAAGUAUGUGUGCUCUAGGCGCGGCUACUUGAGAACUAGAAUCUCUAGGCGCUGAUCCUUGACGAUUUAAUUUUCUAGGUUCGGUUUCUUGAUAACGAGGGUUUCUAGGGCCGACUACUUGACAAAGAAGCUCUCAAGGGACGGCUCCUUGCCAGAGUUGAUCUCUAGACGCCGGACCUAGGCAAGUAUGUUCUCUAGGCUCAGCUACUAUAGCGCGCUACUUGACAGCUGUGAGAUCUAGGCGCGGCUUCUUGACAUAAAAGCUCUCAAGGCGUGGCUCCGAUGAUCUUUAGAGUACAAUUUUUACUUCUGGAAACCUUGGAGCGGUGAAAAAUUCUAAAUUUUAAAAAUAUUCCGUAGCUUCAAAAAACUUUCUCCACCAAAAUUUCAUUCAGAAUCUGAAUUUCAGAUUCUCCUAAUGGCCUCCGUCUUCGGUUAUCAAAGAAUCUCAUUCGCCGCUCGACCAAUCCCAAUCGAAUAUGAAUUUGUCGCGUGGAUUGUUAUGAUUGGUCCACUUUUAGUUGUUCCCCUUGUCGCUUUUCUCCAAGUUCGACAAACUCGAAAAGAAGGAAAACUAUUGAAAUCAUUAUUCGACACUUCCGAAUGGUCUCAACAAGAUGAAAUUGAUAAUGAAAUGGGAGAUGGGAACAGAGGUAGAAAUAUAUCCGAAGAUAUGACAACAAAUCGUCGAAGAACUCCAACAAUAUUUACACAUCGUGAAAAUACAUAUAUGUAUAUUGAAUCAAGAGGUCCGACAAUAAGAGGUGGAGAAAGUCGAGUAUUUUCCUUGCCGACUACGGAAAGAUAUGGCUGGCAAACUGGAAGAAUUAGGGAUAAAUUGAAUAUCUCGAAUUACUCUCCACCUCCAAGUUCAAUGACCUCUAAAAAAUCUGCAGAAGAAGUGGAGCUGAAACUCUUCGGAGCUCCUCCUGCGUUGAAAGAAACACGGACAAGAUUUGCCGAGUCACUUCCAUAUAAUCAUCAUUUUCGGGAAAACGAGGAAGUGUUAGAUGCCACUUCAAUUCCGAAACGAAGACUUCGAACAAGUCCCUCAGCUUCUGAUCCACCGAUUCCAACAACACCUCUACCACCGAUUCCCACAAAACAUUCAUUCGCACAUUCGGAACCACCUUCUCCAUCUCUGCAAACAGAUCGUAGAUCAAUACCAUCAUCGUCUAGAAGUACAGCAUCUGAAAAUGAUUCGGGUUCUGAAUCAGAAUUAUACGGUGGAUUUACAUCAGAUAAUCGUCCAACUGUGAUUCGAAAAGUCACUUCAAAUGACGACGAUUCAAUGACUUUCGUGUCAAAUGCAGCUGAAUCAAUAUCAAUUACACCAAUUGAUGCGCCAAGGCAAAGAUCGUUGAGUUCAGUAGCGUUAUAUGAUCAUGAUGAGGUAAUACAUCUAACUAUCUGAAAAUAUUCGAUUUUGUUUUUUUCAGAAAACAUCUAGAAGUCAAGUUUUAUCACAAUUGAAACGACCAGCUCCAAUCGAUAUGCCACCUGGAUGA